AUGCCUACUGGAGAUGUUGACCCAACAAAAUUGAAUGUGACGCCAAGCAUUGGUAUUGGAUUGGGGCUUGGUAUUGAGUUUCCACCAGUUUCUGCAAUAAGUGACAUUACGCUGAGAUCACAUAUAUUGUUUACAGUCUACGUAUUCGGAACUACUUCUUUCUACCAGCAACAACAACAAGAAGAGGAAUUGGAAGAAGCGACCGAGGUUUUAAAUGAAUGGCGAGAGCGUGCUCAGCAAACAAUCGAUGAAUGCGAAGAGCGUAAUAGGGAAAAGCAUGAGAAGACAAUCGAGCAAGUACAUGCUGACAUAGAUCGAUUCCAUGAAGAUUACAAUGCCAAAAAAAUCAACAUACUAAAACAGAACGAAGUCGAUGAAGCGGAAUUCCUAGCAGAACGCGAAAGACUUGCGUCCGGCACUACUACUACAUGGGAGCGAGUAUGUAAAAUUCUUGGGCUGACCAGUGUGCAGAGCAAAACCCCAUUGAUAAACCAAAAGGAUGUUACAAGGUUUAAGGAGUUGUUGCUAAGUCUAAAGAGUGACGAGAAGGCACCAGGGGCUGCUGGAUAUUGA